GUUUUUUUCAGUCGCGCUACGUCGGAUGCGCUCGAGUCCAGUCAGAGAGCGCGCACGCACCUCUCGUGGGGACAGAGAGAGAGAGAGAGAGAGAGAGAGAGCGAGAGACGUGUGAUUUCUCUUUGUACUGAAUGAAGAGUUGAGGCCGGCUCCGUUACUGCUGCCGUCUCUUUUUUUAUAUAAGCAGAGUUUGCAUGCUGUAAAUAGCCCAAUACGCCGGUUACACUUUACGUUUCACCGUACACGUCGGUCCCUUUUGUUUUGUGGAAGCGACCGGCCACUGCCAAUGUCCCUUUGAGCGGUUUUGGACAACAAAAGCAUCAGGUCCAACGGUGUUUCUUCGGGGGAUUUCAAGUCACACAUUUAUCAGUCGGGAUUUUUCAUUGCGGAAAAGCGAACAGCCGCACGUCCACACACCGCUUCGCCUCCUCUCUGUCGCCCCUUUUCACACUUCCACACCUCCGGGGAUUUUUUUUCUCCCAAACUCGAGCGACCAUGGCUGCUGUAACAAGCCCGGAGACGAGCCCUCAACCCCGGGUAUAUUUCCAGACGCCGGCCGGCACUACGGAGGAACCGGAGACACCCGUUCGGAAGCAGGGACGCGUAACCGUCAAAUACGACCGUAAGGAGCUGAGGAAGAGACUGAACCUGGAGGAGUGGAUUAUCGACCAGCUAACGGACCUCUACGACUGUGAGGAGGAGGCCAUCCCGGAGCUUGAGAUAGACGUGGAUGAGCUGCUGGAUAUGCCCAGUGACGUUGAGCGGGCAGCCAGGGUCAAGGAGUUGCUGGUUGACUGUUUUAAACCUACUGAGGACUUUGUCUCAGAGCUGCUCGACAAGAUCCGAGGGAUGCAGAAGCUCUCCACGCCUCAGAAGAAAUGAUGGCAUCCCUCCUCCUCCCCUACAUCUUCCCUUCCGCCUCAGCCCUCACUUCUCGUCUUCCUACUGCGCUUUCCAUCCUUUUAUUUUGAUGUCAGUUUUCUUCCAUUGAAGGUCUUCAUGAAAUACUGAACUUUGUUUCCGCUUGUCGUUAGGCCCUCUGUCUUGAACCCCUUUCUUUUUUUCUUUUCAUCUCUUUCCCUUCUCUUGUUGCCUGGAUCCAGCCCCAUAAGUCGCUUUUAUUUUUCAUUUUGUGUGACCUUCCCUUGUUGUUUGUUGGACUUUCUUCUUAAGAACUAUCAGCAAAGAAGAAAAAGUAAAGUAAAGACUGCAUAAUAACCAGGAGAAAACAACAACAAGCGAUUCAUCGGUCUUAAUCCAGGCACUCUCCUUCCUUCUCUUUUUCACUCCUGCUCCUCCUUCACCCUUUGUUUGGCUUUACUCCUCUUCCUCAUCCAGCUCUUCUUCCUCCCACCCUCUCUCAUACCACCCUCCAUCUGUCUGAGGAGGAGGAGGAGAAGAGGAGAUGAGCCCCAUAAUUACUGAGAGUGGGAAGAGGAACAAGAGAGAGUCUGCAACAGCCAAGAGAGGAGUGGAAGGGUGAACGAUGAAGGAGGACGGCUGGAUGGAGGAAGCAGCCAAUCAGCUUGAAGCAGGGCCUAAUCAGUGCUUAUCUCUCUACCAAUGAGAUUGUUAUUUGUUUAAACUUGUAAAUGAUCCAGCCAUCACCCAUGAUUCUUUUGAUAUUUUCUAGUUCAGUUUGAGGGCAUGGGGAUAUUCACUUGACUUAGUUUUUUUUUUUUUUUAAACUCUUUUGGGGGUCCGUACAGUUUUUUCAGAUACCCCCCCCCCAAUCAGAGGCAUUUGCUACAGUGGUGCAUUUAAAGACUGAGUUUUUUUGUGUGUGUGUAUCUGUUGAAAAUCUGCACUAUGUCAUUUUGGGAAGAAAAUUUGAACCUCUGACCACAAAGACUAAUGUAUGGUAUAUCUUUAGUUCAACAAAGAGGAAAAUUUCAUCCCUGGAAAUAGUGGUUGAAGCUUAAAAAAGUCACUGGUUGGCUGUGGUGGUCAUACGGGCCAACUAAUUUUAGAAUAAACAUCUUCCUUUUGAGGCUAGAGUAGAAGUAGGUUCUCUUAGCUUGGGUGUGCUUGAAUAGAAUUCAAAUUCUUGGGGGGGGGGCUAAGUAUGUUUUUCUUUCCUGAAAUGCGUGAUGCAGUUCAGCCUGCACAUACAUAUGUAUGUCUGUGUGUUGCUAAAUGCUACGUGUGUAUGUUGCUACAUAAUGUACAGCAACUUUCAUAAUAGGGGUGUUUUUCUGGUCUGUAUAUUCUGCUGUUCUGUACGACAAAUUAGAUUUUUAGUAUAGGACUGGUUCCUGUUUCUUUAUAUUCUUCUGGAUGCAUUUUGUCCCAACACACUGACAGUCCAACAGGGGGGACCUAGAAUAAAGCUGCCUUGUUUAGUUUUUUUAACCCCCCCCCCCCCCCGAAAUGAUUUAGUCCACCACAUUGUUUUGUAUUUGGCAGACGUCAGUUCAGAGCUGUCACACGUACAUGGAAACUCUGAAAGUGUCUUUGGAGCUCCACGUUGGUGUAGAGACUUUGUACUGUCCUCUGCCUGUCAGUAGACCCACCAAUGAGACGUCUGAAUGGGAGGGAUGGACGGAGGCCACUGUUUUAAAUUGAAGCUGUCUAAAUGCAUUCACCCUUCUUUUAUUUUUAUUUUUGUCCUUUCUCUCUCUCUCACACACACACUCAGAGGCCACCCUCAGGGCGGAGGGAACGGAAACACAUUAGCAAACACAGCUGCCUCUCACACAGAUGUGCGCGCACACACACACACACACACGAAGCGCUGAGAGAGAAAGGGAGGGAGAGAGAGAGACAGGUCCAUAGCUGUCACAAGAUCUGUGUGUUUCCCUGCUGAAGCUGCCAAUCAUCUCCAAGAAUAAGCCAUCUGUUUCAAAACCUGAGCCAAUCAGAUGAGAGACUGAAGCCCAUCGGCCAAUUGGAGAAGCAGUAACAUUUGCUGUGAUUCCUGUGGCCAAUUGCGAACACCUGCAGUGACAGCCGACCUCCACUGUCUGUCUCUCUCUCUCUCUCUCUCUCUCUCUCAGCGCCAACAAACACACACACACACACACACACACACACACACACACACACACACACACACACACAGCCAUGCAUACACAUGCACACACAUUGGCCCAUUUUCAUCUUGCUGCUCUGUCAUUUCUCCCUGGCAUCCCCUCUCUCCUCCUCCUCCCACCCAUGUUCAUCCUUCUGUCCACUCUCCCUCUAUUCAGUUCCCUUUCCUUUAUUUUUUAAAACAGAUGUUGCCUUAGGUUGCAUUAUUUAUGUUACACAAACCAAAUAAACGGGAGACAUUCAUUUUUAAAAAGGUAACACAAACUGCUAAAAACGUGUUACUGAGCAGAACUGCGGCAUGUGGAGAAUCUCGGACGUUCUGUCGCUCCUUUUCUUCUUUUUUUUUGAGAGACAAAGUGAGAUUCUGUUGUUUUUUUUAGAAGUGAGUGUUUAAUACUUAGGCCUUGAUACAGUGAUUUUGUUUAGAGAAAACAAUGUUCUUUACAUUUACCAUUUGAAUACUGGUCUGUUUUUAUUGUGAUCAUGACACUUCUUGAUGCCGAGCCUUGGAUUAACAUGUAGUUGAACAAAAAUCCAUUCAGAUACAUUUUGGUGCGAUUGCUUUUGCCUUCCUGGUGAGGUUUCCAAAUCAAGCUCGGUCUGCAUAUUUGCGAGACAUUUUGAACGGUGGGAUUGUACCAGGCAAGUUCAAUCAGUAGCUGAAUUUGAGUGGAUUUUCAUUUCUAAAUCCAGGUUUGCAUUAUACCUUCUUAGACUGUUAUUGAGAAGUCUGUUUUUUUACUGUUGGGGAAAAUUGCAAAAAAAAUAUAUAUAGUGAUUAUUAUCAUUGAGGCUAAAUACAAGAGCUAAACCAUACGGAUUGGAGGAGUGGAGGUGUUUUUUGGACAAUGAUUAGAUCAAACCAACAAACAAAUGUAGCAAUAUCAACAACAGGUCUUGUUUUUGCCCAAUUUUGUUACACUUUUAUGCAACUUUAAUAAAAACAUGUAAAAUGGA